CUGGCUUUCACCAUGGCCAACCAAGCAGACCAAGUCCGUCUUAUAGACGCUUUUGUGGAGGAAUAUUAUGAAACAUGGUACAUGUACGAUCGGGCAGCUGCGAUUGCACGAAGCCAGUGCAUCAAAGCCCUGGAUUCGCAAGGCAUCCGCCAGAUCACCACGUAUCGUGCAAAGAGCCCCGAGCGGCUGAGGGAAAAGCUACUCCAACGACUGCAACGGCGACCAGGAGGAUACCCGGAUCGGAAAUCGAUCAAAACGGACAUUGUGGAUCUGGCUGGCGUGCGCAUUGCCGUGUAUUUCCCGGACGACCGCCACAAAGUGCAGAACCUCAUUCGCCGUCUCUUCCACGUCAACGACGAGAUCCGCUUUCCGAGAGAAGAGGACUCGGCGGUCAUCCAUGAGUACCAGCGGGAAUUCCAAGGGUAUCGGGCAGACCACUAUCGAGUCCAGUUACGCCGAGAACAGCUCAGCGAAGUCAGUGAGAUUCCCCAUGGGCCAUGCAGUGGCGCACCACCGGUCGAUGCCCUGAUUCAUGUCCCCAUCGAGGUCCAAGUGGCAUCGGUGUUGAUGCAUGCCUGGUCCGAGGUGAAUCAUGAUCUCGGCUACAAGGCCAUUGACGGGGAGCCCUCGCAGAAUGAGCUGCAGAUCCUGGAUGGCAUCAAUGGCCUGGUGAAUGUGAGUGAGUUGUUUCUCCGCCAACUGCAGAAUGCGGGCGAGUUACGCGUCUCGUAUCUCAAACAGACGUUCACCAACCAUUACGAGUUGGGCGCGUUUCUGCAGAAGAAUCUGGCCGAGAUUGGCGCCUUUGCCGUCGGUCCGAUGGACAUCCUGUUUAUCGUGAUCCAGUCGGUGGCCUUGGACUCGCCCAAAGCGUUGCGGCCGUUUGUGCAGAGCUGGAUGAAGAAAUCCGCCCAACCGGGCGAGGCCGCCGACGUGUUGGGCUUCUUGAAUCACAUCUUCACCGGCCAUAUGCCCACGGGGGAAACAGAGGUGUCGAAUUGGCGGAGGAUCCAGAACAUGGUGAGGGAUGCGAAACUGACCGGCGAUUAUGGUCGACGACGAGCCAUCUUGCUGGAGGCUGUCAAGGUGCAUGAUGCCCUGGCGCAGAGGGCAGGAAGACCCAAGCUGUGGCAGUUUAACGGAUCGUCCCCAAGCCCGGAUCGCGCGUACUGGCUGUACUGGAGCGUCAUCAAUUCCAAAGAUUACCCGGAAGCAGGCGUGGCCAACAUGGACCAAGCCGUGGAUGAACUGUGGAAGUGGUUUGAAGGCAGUUCGGAUAUGAAAAAGCGGCUGUCGCUGGCCAUCGCAUCCGUCCAGCAAUCCUCGGUUGGCGAUGAAAUCAUGCGGUCCAGACGACUGAGCAUCUUCUAG